AUGGUUUUGGUGUUCGUUGAUGGAAAACUCACUCCUCUACUCGGUUGCGAUUUUGUCCGGAACCCUAGCAUGUGUACAGCGGCUCCGCCCGUGGGAGUUUCCAAAGCCUGUUCCUCCUGUGUAAGAACCGCUGGUGUCAAGGAAGCGUGCGCGCAGUGCGACCAGUUUGUCUGUCAGAACUGCAGCAGGCUCUGCAGCUGCUGCAACGCGGUUACCUGUUCUUCGUGCUCCACUGUUGAUUAUGGUGAUAUGGGAGAGCAAGUUCUCUGCAAUGGUUGUUCCAUAUUUCAAGUCUGA